GCCAGCCAUUCCUUCUUCUUAUCAGAUAGGCACCGGUCAUUAACAAUGUCGGUACUGGUAGAAACUUCUCUGGGCGAUAUCGUCGUCGAUCUCGAGGUCGACAAGUGUCCCCGCACAUGUGCCAACUUUCUCAAACUGUGCAAGGCCAAGUACUAUGGCCUCAACGCGUUCUUCAACGUCAGCAAGGACUUUAUCGCACAGACGGGCGACCCAUCAGCGUUGGGCACGGGCGGCGAAUCGUUCGCAUCGUACCACCAUAAAAAGACUCGAGCACGCACCCCAGCUCCUCCCCGUUACUUCCCUCCCGAAAUCCUCAACUCGCUCAAACACACGCAAAAGGGUACACUGAGCAUGGCCGUAGCCCCGAUCCAGCCUCCUGGAUGUGGGAGUCAAUUCUUCUUUACGCUCAAAGAUGGGAUAGAAUACCUCGAUGGGAAGCACGCCGUGUUCGGCCACGUGGUCGAAGGUCUGGAAGUUCUCGAUCAGAUCAACGACGCCUUCGUCGACAAGGACGGUCGACCCCUCAAAGAUAUCCGGAUCCACCAUAUCGAAGUCCUCGAUGACCCUUUCCCCGACCCGGACGAUGGGCUCUCGGAACCCCCUUCCCCUGUCAGACCCCCAGAUGACCCUUCCCUCCGUCCUCGGAUCGACGAAUCGGAAUCUAUCGACCCGACCCAGGGAAAGACGCAGGAAGAGCUAGAAGAGAUGGAUAGGAAGAACCAGGCCGAGGCGAGCGCGUUGACAUUGGAGAUGAUCGGGGACCUGCCUUUCGCCCACGUCAGACCGCCCGAGAACAUCUUGUUCGUCGCCAACUUGAACGCGGUGACCGUAGACGAGGAUCUCGAGUUGAUCUUCAGUCGGUUCGGGACGAUCCUCUCGUGCGAAGUCAUCCGGGACAAGAAAUCCGGCGAUUCGUUACAAUACGCGUUUAUCGAGUUUGACAAGAAGGAAGAGGCCGAGGCGGCAUACUUCAAGAUGAACGGAGUAUUGAUCGAUGAUAAGCGAGUCUAUGUCGAUUUCUCGCAAUCCGUCUCCAAGAUCAACGGAGUGUAUCAAGUCAACGGCAGGGGUCGAGGUCGAGGUGGCGGUCGAGGCGGCCGAGGAUCAACAAGAGGGACAUCCGGACCUAGUUCGAGAGGAGGCCGAGGACCGUACGAAGGUAUCUCCUCUUCUCCAUCUCGUGGAGGUGGAAGUGGAAGCGGCGGGUAUGGGAUGGUGUUCGAGCCGCCUCGAGGUGACAGGCGGGAGAGGGAACGGAGUCGGGAUCGAAGAGAUCAUCAUCGAGAUCGAAGGGACGAAGACAGAAGAGGCUCGGAGCGCGAUCGUGUUCGUGAUCGAUACGACGGAGACCGAAGGAGGCCGAGGUCGAGAAGUCCGAGUGAUCGGUAUAGAGGAGGUAGGGACGAUCGGGAUAGAGAUAGGGACCGGGAUAGAGAUAGAGAAAGGGGGUAUGGCGGCGGCGGGGGGCGGGACCGAGAAUACCGCGAUAGGCGGUAAUGUAACUGUACGGGGUUCAAAAUAAUGAUGACCCUUCCACAGACUGUCUUGUUGAUGACAUUCAGAUGGACAUCUGCUCGGCGAGACGUGAUAACGUUGCG